AUGGACAUGAGCAUUAGUCAAAAUGUGAGCUUAAGAAACAUUUCUCUGUGUUAUGAACAUCAGCCUAACUCCUGUCAGAAGUUCAUCUAUCCACUGGCUGUGCGAUAUAUUAUGUUUCUUAUCUUUGGUGUUAUUGUAGUUCUCACUUUACUUGGAAAUCUUCUGGUGAUCACAGCCAUAGCUCAUUUCAAGCAGCUGCACACACCAACUAACUACCUCACUCUGUCUCUGGCUGUAGCUGACCUGCUUGUGGGAGUGGUUGUAAUGCCUCCUAGUGUAAUACACUCUGUGGAGACUUGCUGGUAUUUUGGGAGCUUUUUCUGGAGAUUUUAUGCAGUAUGUCACCCCCUGCAGUACCACAGUAAAAUGACCCCCCUUACUACUUUGUUCAUGAUCAUUGUUUGCUGGGGUCUUGCUAUUGCAGAGGGCAUUAUGUAUCCAGAGAUAAAUAAUCUGGGCAUGAAAACCUACAGUGGUUAUAUAUGUAAAGGAGCCUGUGUGUUGCUUAUAGGACCUGUGAUAAGUUUAUCAGCUUCUGUGAUCUUUUUGUACAUACCUACCAUUAUCAUGCUCAGCAUAUAUCUGAAAAUAUAUCUUGUUGCACGGAGGCAAUCACGAUUAGUCCGCAAUGCUCUCUCUCAUGUAAAUAAAUCCAGAGGGCAAGCCAACGUUAAUAAGACAGAUAGUAAAGCAACUAAAACAUUAGUCAUUGUCAUGGGAGGGUUUUUAUUAUUUUGGGCACCUCUUUCUCUGUGUAAUCUUGUUGUGACAUUUUCUGGUUUUAAUGGCCCCCCACAACUGUAUGAUGUGCUCUGUUGGGUUGCUUAUUCAAAUUCAGCUUGCAAUCCUAUUAUAUAUGCAUUCUUCUACAAGUGGUUUAGAAAGGCACUCAAAGUUAUUCUGUUAGGUCAAAUAUUUAGGAGAAACUCCUCCAGAAUGCAGCUGUGUUCAGAGUAA